GCGGAGUCUUUUUCUCUGGGACCGCUUCACUGCGCACCACCUAAUCAAGACGCCAGCUAAAGAAUCAACAAAGUCCGGCAACAUGGCAGAUAUCGACAACAAAGACCAGGCUGAGCUGGACCCAGCUGAUAUGGAGGACGUGGAAGAGGUGGAAGAGGAAGAGACUGGAGAGGAUGUGAACAGUAAAGCCCGUCAGCUCACUGUCCAGAUGAUGCAGAACCCACAGAUCCUGGCUGCACUGCAGGAGAGACUGGACGGCCUGGUUGGCUCACCGUCUGGCUACAUGGAGAGCUUACCAAAGAUAGUGAAGAGACGUGUCAAUGCCCUCAAGAAUCUCCAAGUGAAGUGCGCCCACAUUGAGGCCAAGUUCUACGAAGAGGUCCACGAACUGGAACGGAAGUAUGCCGCUCUCUAUCAGCCUCUGUUUGACAAGCGAAGUGACAUUGUGAAAGCAGCGUACGAACCCACUGAUGAAGAAUGUGAAUGGAAGGCAGAUGAGGAGGAAGAGCUGACAGUAAGUAAGCAGGAGGAAAUGAAGGAAAAAGCUAAAGUGGAGGAUGAGAAGAAGGACGAGGAGAAGGAGGACCCCAAAGGAAUCCCCGAAUUCUGGCUCACCGUUUUCAAAAAUGUCGACCUGCUCAGCGACAUGUUGCAGGAACAUGAUGAACCAAUCCUUAAGCACUUACAGGAUAUCAAAGUCAAGUUCUCAGAUGCAGGCCAGCCAAUGAGUUUCACAUUAGAGUUCCAUUUUGAGCCCAACGACUACUUCACAAAUCAAGUGUUGACAAAGACCUACAAGAUGAGGUCUGAGCCAGAUGAGUCAGAUCCCUUUUCCUUUGACGGGCCAGAAAUCAUGUCCUGCACAGGGUGUCAGAUUGACUGGGUUAAAGGCAAGAACGUCACAUUGAAAACAAUCAAGAAGAAGCAGAAACACAAAGGCCGUGGCACAGUUCGCACGGUCACCAAAACAGUCCCCAACGAUUCCUUCUUCAACUUCUUUUCCCCUCCUGAAGUUCCAGAAAAUGGAGAACUGGAUGAGGACUCGGAGGCGGUGCUGGCAGCUGACUUUGAGAUCGGUCAUUUCAUCCGCGAGCGCAUCGUGCCCCGAGCAGUUCUGUACUUUACAGGAGAGGCCAUCGAAGAUGACGACGAUGACUAUGACGAAGAGGGAGAAGAGGCUGACGAUGAGGAGGGAGAGGAGGAGGCAGAUGAAGAAAAUGACCCAGACUAUGAUCCUAAGAAGGACGCCAAUCCCCCAGCAGAGUGCAAACAGCAGUGAUACCUGUACUGGUGACCUUGAGGAUCAACUGCACUGUAACAGCUUCUCAAACGAAACCUAGUUACUUACCGCCUUAUAAUGUUUUGUAUUUUUCUUGGUAGAAAUAAUUGAAAAAAGGGGUUUUAAGAUUUUUGUUACAAAAAAACAGACUAUAUAAUGGGAGCCAUUGCUCAAUAUGCAUAGUAUUUUGCUAGAUUUUUUUUUUUUUUUUUUGGGUUCUGUUUUUUUGUUUAAUUAUUUUUCUCUCUGUAUAAAUAGUUAGGAAACAGAAAAUCCCUCAAAAAGCAUGACACUUUUUUCUUCACUGCUAAACUAGUUUGGGUUCUUGUGAGUCUUGUUGUAUUGCUCUUAGACAACAGCUGUGGAUAGACGGCACUGAGGCGAUGAUAGAAGAGAAACUAGUGAUAAGUUGUUCCAAACUAUUCCUUUUCCCCUCGAUAUACAACCAAAGUUUAGUGGACUCUGACUUACAGAGUAAAGCCACAGGCACUGGCAUUACAGCAGGGCUAUUAAAAACAACAGCCUUCUCGAGUGCUCUCUGGUCGAAGUGAACAUGAACUGCUGCUUUUACCUCUUGUUAAAAUUGAGAUUGUAAUGCAAAUGCAGUUAACUUUUUCUUCAGACCAAUCAGACAGAAUAAAAUCUCUCAAUUUGAACAUUCCAACGUGACAACUGGCUAAACAUCCACAACAGUUUGAACUCGUUUUCUGGUUGGUCUGCGUUUUAAACGGAAAGAAUGUAAGCAUGGAAGUCAGCGCUAGUUUGCCAGUUAACAGUUUGAGUGCAGUUAUCCUCCCAAAGGAGAGAUGUUCAAAGCACAUGCCGCCUUGAUUUGGCCUGGUCAACCCCCUUUACAUUCCAGAUCAUUCUGAUGAGGGUUAAUUGGGCAGAUGGCGGUUAGGGGUCAUACUCCUUCCUGUCGCCACCCACUUUUGCCUCGUUAGACGCACUGUUGUGUGACGGUCUUUCCUAUAGCACUUUGUACUACUGUUAGCAUAUUCUAGAGGCAUCCGUGAAACAGCUGUGCCGUAAGUACUGUUCCUUUCACCCAUUUUGACCAAGUGCUAAGUAUUCCAGAUCUACCCAACCUGACCCAAUGGGCACUGCCUGCUCUCAAAGCAUUUAUGUCCAGUGAUUUAUUCUGGAAUGUGCCAGCAACCAUGAGGAUUCAGUUUGGUUGACAAAUUACAUAUGAGGAAUAGGUGUUUGAAAGGUUGUUCUUUGUCAGAGAAACCCAGUGUGUUCAUUUUUUUUUUUUAAAUCCCUCUGCGUAGAGCCCUGAGUGAAUUACGUUCUAAGGCCAGAAUUUAGCAGUUGAUGGUUUGCAAGCUGGUCUCUGAACGUUUGGCCUAUCACUGUGAAGGGGUGUGCGGGUGUGUGUGUGUUUGUGUGAGAGAGUGAGUGAGUGACAGAGAGCAAAAGAGAACAUUAUACAGCCAGAGGGAGGUUUCGGAGACACUGGUUGCUCAGAUUACCUCUUCCUUGUAGCCCAACCCAGCAGGAUUGUACUGAAGCAAGUAAGAGCAAUACUGUCCAAGAGAUCUUGAAAGAAAUGGUUGAAACCCACAGUUCUCCCCCCCCCCCUUUUUUCCACCAGCCAGGUCUUGUAAGCUCUGUGUGUGUGAUUGUGUUCGCAUGUAAUAGAGGCACUCUGACAAACUGCCUUUUCUUUGAGCUCCACACACACAGACUGGGUGGGUGAUUGAUUAAUACUGUGUGAUUGUCAAGAAUGCGACAUGGGACUCUGUAGGUCCCAUGGAACAGCUGUUGUCAUAGCAAAAUGCCAUGCUACAAAUUACUAAUGUACUCAGUAACUGUAUGUGUAUGUAUGUUCAUGAAAUAAAUUGGUUAAACGUGCACGA